ACACACCCCCUCCCUGCACAGAGCUCAAUAGGAGAUAAAGAGCCAUCAGAAUCCAGCCCCAGCUCUGGAGCCAGGGGUCUCUUCCAAUAUCAGCACCAUGGCCUGGACUCUGCUCCUCCUCCAGUUCCUCCUCACUUGCUGCCCAGGGUCCAAUUCUCAGGCUGUAGUGACUCAGGAGGCCUCACUGACUGUGUCCCCAGGAGUGACAGUCACUCUCACCUGUGCUUUCAGCACUGGAGCAGUCACCAGUGGUCACUAUCCAAACUGGUUCCAGCAGAAACCUGGACAAGUCCCCAGGGCACUGAUUUAUGCUACAAGCAGCAAACACUCCUGGACCCCUGCCCGGUUCUCAGGCUCCAUCCUUGGGGGCAAAGCUGCCCUGGCACUGUCAGGUGCACAGCCUGAGGACGAGGCUGACUAUUACUGCUCACUGUACUAUAGUGGUGCUCAGCGGUAUUUCGGCGGAGGGACCCGGCUGACCGUCCUAGGUCAGCCCAAGGUUGCCCCCUCGGUCACUCUGUUCCCGCCCUCCUCUGAGGAGCUUCAAGCCAACAAGGCCACACUAGUGUGUCUCAUCAGUGACUUCUACCCGGGAGUCGUCAACGUGGCCUGGAAGGCAGAUGGCAGCCCUGUCAACACGGGAGUGGAGACCACCACACCCUCCAAACAGAGCAACAACAAGUACGCGGCCAGCAGCUAUCUGAGCCUGACGCCUGACCAGUGGAAGUCCCACAAGAGCUACAGCUGCCAGGUCACACACGAAGGGAGCACCGUGGAGAAGACAGUGGCCCCUGCAGAAUGUUCAUAGGUUCCCACCCCUCACCCCACCCAUGGGGGCCUGGUGCUGCAGGAUCCCAGGGGAGGGGUCUCUCCUCCCACCCCGAGGCAUCCAGCCCUUCUCCCUGCACUCAAUAAACCCUCAAUAAAUAUUCUCAUUGACAAUCAGA